UGGGAUUUCCUAUAUAGUUUGUUCCGACAAUUGACUAUUUAGAGGUAGCUUUACGUUAAGAACAAGAAGAGGGCGCAGUAAACAAACGCGGGAGGAGUACUUUCGUAAUUUAAAAGAAAGUGUACUUUCAUUUUCGGAUCAGGCAAGCAUGGCUGGAUUCGAACAUCUGGGUAUACCAGGUGGGGACCACUUGCGGGAAGCGUUGACUGUGUGCUCAGAUCCCAUCAAAGCCAUCGAAGAGUUUCAGCAGCAGAAUGGAAUAUUGUUACCAUCACUCAAACCUGCUCUUCCAUUUCUUGAUCUUCAUGGUGUCCAACGCCAUGAAUUCCAUAUGUCUACCUUAGAGGAAAUGCGAGACAGGCUUCUGCAAAGAAUAGCAGAGCUUUCAAAAUCAGGGAAAGAAGAGGACUUGAAGAUCCUAGAAGAUCUUCUUGAGAAGAGCUUCCCUGUUGCCAAGGUGAAGAGCAUUCGUCCUGUGGUGCUCUGCAUUCUGAAGCAUCUUCCUGUCAUCAAAGAACACUAUCUUACAGCCAUAUUGGAGGACAAAGAUCUCUAUAGUGAAGCAGCUACAGAAGUGAAGCGACAAAUUUGGCAGGAUAACCAGGCACUCUUUGGAGAUGAGGUCUCACCCCUUUUUUCACAGUACAUUUCUGAGAAGGACAAAGCUCUCUUUAGUCAUGAAAAUGCCACACUGACAUUCUUCCUUCCAACGCCAAAAACGCGACGUCAGAGUCAGGUGGUAACGCAGCUGGUUAACAUGGUAGGCAAGAGUGUGAAAGUCUAUGACAUGGUGCUCCGCUUCUUACGAACAUUAUUUCUACGCACACGCAACCGACAUUACUGCACACUUAGAUCUGAGCUUCUUAUGGCCAUUCAUGACUUGGAGGUAAACGAGAUUUGUUUAGUCGACCCUUGUCACAAGUUUGCCUGGUGUGUUGAUGCCUGUGUCCGUGAGGGUAUGGUCAACAGCAGCCGUUUUCGUGAGCUGCAAGGCUUCCUGGAUGGCAUUAGAAAGGGGCAGGAGUAUGUCCUUGGUGACCUCUCUAUGGUGCUUUGUGACCCUUUCGCCAUGAACACCAUUGUACUGUCAGCGAUGAAAGCCUUGCAGCACUGCAUCAACACAGAUAUUCUCCCAAGGGAUAAUCAGGAACUUCAGUUGCUAAUCAGAAUGAUUGCCCUGGGACUUAAUGCUUGGGACAUGGUUGACAGCCAAGUCUUUAAGGAGCCUCGAGUGGAUGCACACUUUUUCACCAAAUAUCUGGCAACAAUAGUUGGUAUGAUGGUGGAUGACCAGGUAAGAAUGGUGGCUUCUAAAAUCCCAGAUGCAGUUUUCAAGCCACCAGAACUGCCGUCAGACCUGUAUGCUACCUACAUCAAGCAAAAUCCUAUUGGAAGUCUUAUUGCAAUGUACUACACGCUACAGGUUGCUCGGCAGAAAGACAGACUUGCUUUAUGUCAGUUGCUUCCAACAUUAAUCCACUGUGAGAACGACCGUGCCUAUGAAGACACAUUCCUUCAUUCACUUAUCUCCUACCUCAUAGCUUUUGGAGAAGAAUUUAGCAAUGAUGAAUCCUGCACAGCUGUCUUUGAUGAUUUCUUGCUGCCUGCUAUAUCAAACGAGAACAUAGUGAAACACAUCAUGCGGCUUUUAUGGCAUAUUCAUCCUCGCUUACCUCCACAACGAUUAGAAUCACUUAUGGAGAGUCUUCAACCAGAAAAAGAGCACAGUGCAGAGGUUCACUCAACAUAUAAUCUGCUGAAGGAAAAGAUCAAAUCAUAUGAGCCAAGUCCAGUUCCAGUCCCUGAGGAGAUUGACUCUCCUCUUAUGAGCGUACCUGUGCCAACACCUGCACCGUUUUAAAUCCUAGUCAUUCUGAGCUACUACUAUCUUUGAAAAAGCAGACGAUAUACAUAAUUUGUGAUAUAUGAUUUUAGAAGAACCCACAGAUGUGACAUUCUUUUAAUGCUUCAAGAUCUCGUGAUUAACAGGACUCUUAUGGUGGUCUGUAACACCAGUUUCAGUAGCUAUGUUUGUUGAAAGUAAGUUUUCAGCACAUGCAGAUUCAUCUGUUUUAGAGACAGACAGUAAAUCUGAGUGGCUCAUCUUCGAUUUGUUACAUAUGUAACGUUUUAUUUUUGUAAUGCUAAAUACAAAGAAUGAGCUUUUUGCUGGGAUCACUCACAUCUGGACUGGAAGUGCAGCAGGUAUUGUGGUUAUUCUUCCUGGGGUACAUGAUAUCAAAAUUUUUUUUUUUUUGGAGAAAAACUUGUUUAUGUAUUGUGUAAAGAUGUUGAUACACACUCGAGGAUCUUUCAUUAUUUUUGUGUGUGUAUGUGAUUUUGCAUGUAUGUGCAUGGUCAUCUCUGUGUGUGUGAAAAUUAGUCAAUGAACAGUGAAAGGAAGAUCUAAGCUGGUAGAGAAAGGUACAGUAAUGUAGGUUAAGCACUAAUUUCUGUAAACAUUAAAAUAUUACUUUUUGGAAUUACAA